AUGCCAGGAGACACUUCACGGGAAGUAAAGGCUGCUGUUUUUGCCCAUCCGUAUGCUCCCUUAGGAGGCUCUUACGAUGAUCCUGUCGUGGGUGCCAUGAAGGAGACACUGCUCAAACAGGGAUAUGUCGUCGGCACCUUCAACUUCAGAGGAGCUGGCGACUCAGAAGGCAAGACUUCAUGGACUGGUCGGCCAGAGACCGAGGAUUACAUUUCUGUUGCUGGGUUUAUGAUGUACUAUGCUCACCACUUGUCUUCAGUAAGGAGGUCAUCAGCCGACGGCGCCCAAAUUGGCGAUGACGCUCGACAUCCGAUGCCUCUCCUACUAGCAGGCUACUCCUACGGCUCCUUGGUGCUGGCUCGCCUUCCCUCCAUCACGAAGAUCGUGGAACGCUUCCACGCCGCAGCGAUGGGUACGGCAGCUGCUGAAAUAAUGCUGCGAGCUAGAACCCUAGCAAAGCAGACCAUGAAAACAUUCGAUCUACAUGCUCCUGGUAACGCGACAAGUCGUGGCCGUAUGCUCGAGCCAAACGAUGCAGCGACAGGUUCCACAGUAAACUCAAAGGCCUCAUCAGUCAUCAUGGGUGGCGAAGAAACAGAUAGCUCACAGCGACGACAUAGUCCAGACUCCCGACGUAGCGUGGACGCUGUACGCGAGCUGCCGCACAGACUGAAAGCACAUAUAAGACAAUCUAGCGACACGAACGAUAAACAUCAUAGCCGGCGAAGAUCGCAAAAUACGACGACACCGCCCGGAACAGUAGAUUCGACACUUGCUACUCCGAGUGUAACGGCUCACUACGCCCUCAUCUCGCCCGUCAUCCUACCUUUCUCCAACCUGAUAUCACCACCUGGUGCGCCGUCAUUGACGAUGGGCGUGAAGAAGGCUGGAACGGCAGACAAGAAUGCAGGCGCGCUAUUCCCGCAGCAACCGACACUGGUCAUCUUCGGCACACGCGACACGUUCACAUCAACCAAGAGAUUCCUAGCCUGGGCUGAGAAGCAAACGAAACUGUCGCCAAGCUUCGAAUGGGAGCAAGUGGAAGGCGCAGGGCACUUCUGGCGUGAGUCGGGUGUUAUGCAGGCUCUACAAGCGCGGGUGGCGAAGUUCGCUCAAGUUUUGGACCAAAAGUAG